GCGACUAUUCGCUCAUUCAGGCAAUUACAGUUUGACAUGACUGCCAUCGAAAUAUGGCGAAUACCGCUUCGUCGCGAUCGGAAAUAAGUGUAAAAGACCAGUUAUCUUUGUAUGACAUAUUGAAAGUUUUUAAUAAUCCCAUAAAUGAGGAACAAGCAUGGGCUAUAUGUUAUCAGUGUGCUCAGUAUUUUAGUGUUAAUCAACCACAAGUGAAAUUACAGGAGUUUUUCUUAUAUGGAAUACAAGCAUUACGAUUGAGAAAAGAUGGUGAGGUUAUCAUUGAUACCGCGGCUAAUGCAUCGGGAUCUUCACCAACGCCAAAGAAUAAGUUUGACACCAGUUGUAAAUCAGAAGGGAGAAGUUCCAUUUAUCACAGAAAGGGAUGUAUAGCAACAGAAGGAGAUGCUGUACGAGCACUGGGAGCAACCAUUUUCAAAGCAUUGGAUUAUGGCUUGCAUGAAAAUGAAGAACGUCAAUUGAGUCAUGACUUAGAGAAUCUCAUUGAACUUAUGACCCAUUAUGAUGAGGAAGAAGAUGAAUCUCAGACAGCAGAUGAUGAAGGUAUUGAGAAAGAUGCUGAAGAUGAAUAUGAAAGUCGAGAUGUACAACAACAUUGUUCUUUUAUAGAGGUGUCUAAGUUAUGUGCACGACAUUUAUCUUCACGACAAGAUGCCCGUCAUUACAAAGCAGUAUGUCGAGCCUUGGUGGCAGAAGCUCAGGAACUUAUCAGUUUUCUUGAUAAAAUAUCCAAUGGUCAGCAGAAUUUAACCAAUCAAGGUGUAGAUAAUGAUACACAAGCUUUAGAUGAUCUAGAAAGUAGUGACUGGACUACAUUAUGGGUUCAAAUUAUGAGACAGUUACGACAAGGUGUCCGAUUAAAAAAGGUUGAACAUGUUAAUUUUACACCUGUAGAAUUUGAACUAACACCUUUUGAAAUCUUACUUGAAGAUAUCCGAUCUCGAAGAUAUGCCCUUCAUAAAAUAAUGGUUAAUGGUGAAUUACCUCACAAAGUUAAAACUGAUGCCCAUAAUGUGAUAUUAGACUUCAUCCGUUCCAGGCCCCCAUUAAAAAAGGCUAAAGACAGGAAGUUGAAAACAUUACCACCCAAUCCUCCAGAUCCACAUGAAUGUUUGUUACAAGAUAUCCGUUCUCAACCUAAAUUACGUUCAGUUAAAGAAGGAAAAUUAGUUGUUGAAACCUCACGAACAAAGUUAGAUUCAAGUGAUGAAGAAGAGAGUCCACCUCCUGUCCGUAAAAUUAUUAAACCUGAUUUUAAUCUACUGUUGAAUAAUAGUUUCGAUGAGGAUGAUUAUCAUGAAGAAACUGAUGAAGAGAAGAAAAAAUUAGAAGCAACCAUGUCUCCAUUAUCCCCUGUAACACCAGUGGCUGACAAUCCAUCAUGGCAACAAGCAGUUGUGAGGGAUGCAACAACCGGUGAAAGACGUCAGUGCACCUUACAGAGAAGACAUACCAUCAUGGUCUGUGAAUCACCAACAGACGGCAAGGUAGUUCAACAAGAGUUACCACCCUUAGAGGAAGUGGCGGAUGAACCUUGCAGCCCACCUGCUCAAGCUCCAUCAGACCCCCUUCAUUUUACUAGUCCAGAAAGUGUACAUACCAGUUGUUGUGGAGUGACACAAAGACAUUCUAGUCAAAAAAAUAAUAACCAAAUUAUAGCACCAAAGAAACGUGAGACAAAAGGUCAAAAAUUGUCUACCUGCUUGGGUGCUAUAUCUGAAGCAGAUGAUUCAAUCACUGAUGUUGGUUGUGCUGAUAUUAGUCAAUUGAAUGCUACUGAACUUAUGCAUGUAAGUUGGAAAUCCGCAUGUUGUCGGACUUCUACUAAUUCUUCUGCACCUUGCCCAGACUGUCGCCCUGUUCCGAAACGUUGGAAAAAUCCUAUUGAAUGUUUAAAUCUUACCUUAGAAGAGGUGACUCAUAUAAGAAGUGUUUUAACCAAAGCUGAACUAGAAUCUUUAAUUACGCAACCUACUUUAUAUAAUCAAGUGGCAAAAUCAAAGAUUUGUUUUACAUGUAAAAAAAUCAAGUUCUCCUUGUUUGGAGAAUGGGGUACAAAGUGUAAAUUUUGUAAACGUUCUGUUUGUAGCAAGUGCCUUCGGAAGAUGAAUAUACCAACAGAACAUUUUAAAAAUAUACCUGUUCAUACAUUGUCUCCUGGAUCCCCUUCUCAUGAAUCCAAAGAAGCUAUGAACAGAUUAGUCAGUUUUGCACCAACCGGUUCUAAUCCUGUAACACCAUCAUCAAGUCGUAAACAAGAUAAAGACAUUAAAAAUAAAAAAUCCAGCUUACAGCGUUCACAAUCCAUGUAUUUCAAACCAUCUCCGGCUAAAGUGUUAAAAGGACCUCUCGUGAAUAUCUGUCACGAUUGUAAAGAUAUGACUUUAGAAAUUAUUCGUGCUGGGCGGACCUCCAUUGCUCUCAUAAAUCAAGGGAAAGAACCACAUCUGAAAGUAGUUCAUUGAUGCUGUUUGUGUUAUCAUCAUUUUAUUCAUCAUUGUUUUAAAAUCAUCUACAUAUAUUGAGAAUUAGAUUGUUGUUAAUUCUUGAUAUAAUUUUAUCAUCAUUUUCUUCAUAUCGAAAAGAAGAGCACAGAGACUUCUGUUAAUUCAUUAUUUUAACUGAAUUGACGUGCAUCUUCAAGAAAAUAUAACAUUAGAAAAUUCAUCUUUAUACAGAAUCCAAGUUUAUCAAGAUAAAUAUGUAGGAGAGUUAAAGCUGAACUCUGAUUACAAAAACUAUGGAAAUAAUUAAAUAAAAAAAAGUUAAUGCCCCAAACAGUCGCCAUACUUGAAAUAUAGCAAGCCAGAUGUGCACACUGUGCUCGACAACAUAUACUGGAUGUGGACGUGGCCUGCCUAUCCCCUCCCUUAUACCCGUCAUCAGUCGUCAUGUUUGUUCUACAAAUUGAAAACAAGUGUGGCGACUGUUUGGGGUGUUAUCUUUUUUUUAUUUAAUUAUUUCCAUAGUUUUGUAAUCAGAGUUCAGCUUUAAGUGUACAGAUACGAGGAAGACUUCAGAUGGGGAAGAAAUCAUCAAAAAGAAAUGCUUGACUCACAUACAAUUUGUGUGUAUAUAAAAUCAACAUUUACAAGGUUAAAUUAAGUUGUAACAUAUUAAUAUUGUUUCUAAUCCUUAUACAUCCAUUACAUCUUAUUUAAAAGUUAUUACUUUUGAUUCAUCAUAUUUUUAAAUUUAUUUAGCAAAUAACUUGCAUUCCUUUUAAAAUUGUCCAUAUUUUACAACUGUGAUCUUGCUAGGAAAGUCUUGAUAAUGAUGUUAUAUUGUCAUUAGUUAUUCAUUUGUUUUCAUGAUGAUAAUAAUUUCUCCAUUAUGCCAUCUUUAAUGUUAAAAAAAAAGCAAAUCAUCUAACACCCCAGGAAUCUUACCAAUAGACCGCCAUUUCUAUUAUCAUGUAUGCAAGUAUAUACAUUUAUUCUUUUUUGUUAAUGUUUAAUAGUGCAAAGUUAAAAAUGGUUGUGAAAAGUAUUUGUUCAUUUCAUGCUCAGUAGAUUAUAUUUAUGCAUUGAAUGUUUCUAAUUAUGGAAUUAAUUUGCUGGUUGUGACUAAAAAUUUAAUUAAAAAAGAAGUGAACGUGUUUGGGUUCUCCCUGUGCUAUGUAUUUUGUCUUUAGUAUUGAAGGACUCUGUGAGUCCUUAGACUCGGUACAUAAACCCGAUAACCUAUAAAAACAUGAAUCGGAGAAAAUGGCCUUUAGAGUCUCAACAGCCCAGUAUUUGUGCAAUGUUACCAUAUAAUUUGAGGGUCGUUAAUUACCAGUUUAUAAAAAAAAGAUCAUAAAAAAAAAAUGAUUUAAUAAUUGGUUGAAUAUUGGCGUUAUCCAUCCAUCCAUCGCCAAUCGUGUUUAUGUUAUAAGAUGAAGAUGCCUAAUGUUAUCAAAUUGACUUGAGAUUCAUACACAUGCAUGAGAUGAUUUCAGUGAUUUCUGAUAAUUCAGACAGCUAAAGUUAUCUGAAUAUUGAGUUAAUCAAGUUUUAAUAUUUCUGAUAAUUACUUAAAGAUGCAUUAUGUAGGAUUUAGAUAAAAAAAACCUGACAGUUCUUGCUAUAAUAGUUCAAGAAUAGAUAAUGAAAAAGGAAUAUAUUGAAAAUUACUUCAUUCUGAGUGGAGUUAUGAAUGAGUGAAGAAUAGCUUAUUCUCAAUUUUCAUUGCUACCGUUACAAAAGUCUUGAUUAUCCAUUUUAAAAAUUAAAUUAUUAAAUGGCGACCAAGUUCCACUCUGUUCAAUAUCACAACCAUCCAAUAUUCUAGAGAUUUGAUUAUGGGCUUGUCGUGUGAAAAAUUUGAGACCAAAAUAAAAAUCUGCUAUAGGCAGGUUUAGCUCUUACAUAAUGCAUAUUUAGUAAGUUUGUUAUUUUUGAUCAGUUUUUGGUGUCUUGUACAUUGACUAAAAAAGAAUAAACAGGUGACAACCUUUGUGGUCUUCUGGGACAACUUGUCUGUCUGCCAACGUAUCUUUGACCAUAAUAUGGGUUAUUAGAUUUAUGUACUCCCCCUUUAGAUGUUACGGUAUUGUACAAAAAUAUUUAUAUAAGUAAAUGUAUAAAUAGCGUUUAAUCAAAGUCUUGUUCUGUGAUCUCAUCAUGAUAUUAAUUAUUUCAUUAAUAAAGCUAAUACCUCUAAUUAUUCAUUCAAUCAUCUGUUAAUUUGUAUAAAUUGUAUAUAAUAGACUACUUACCACUUGAUAUACAUAUAACAUUUAAUAUCCUCUAUUUUAUAGUUUUAUCAUUUUGCAGUAUUUUAAUAGUUAUCAGUGAUUUACAUACAAUUCAAUGCAUCUGUUGUAAUAUUUUAUGAUCCAUUUAUGUGGAUUCAUUAAUUAAAGUAUGUUGGUAUGUACUGAAUUGAUGUAAAACAAUUCUGCCAUAUUUCAGUGGAUAAAUUUAGUUCCUUACAGCUACUCUGUUGACUAGACUGGGUUUUGUUAGAUCCAUGACAAUAAUUUUAUUGGCUUUGGUACCUGAUCAAAAGGUGUCUCAUCAUAAUUAAGAUGUUUUCAGUUUCUAAUACAGUAGGCUACAUUCUACUUGUUUGAUACAUUCUAAUCAUAAUCCAUUAGUCUUUGACUGAUCAGUCGAACCUCAGUCAGAAAGCAAGCCGAGGAUGAUUUUUAUAUAAGUGAUGUAUGUACUAUGUCAACCAAAAAUGCUAAAAUAUUUGAUUUUUUUUCUGUACGUACAAAGACUUUGAUAUUCUUGAUUUGAUCAUCAGAUAACAAUAGGAAAUUAUCAUUUUCAGGAAAUGAACCCCCCAGUAAAUUGUGGCAAUAUUGUAGGGUUUGAUAUAUUUUUAAAUUUAGGUGAUUCAAAGAUAGGUUAUCCUUUAAUUGGUGACCUCUAAAUGAUGACAAUAAAUUAAUGCUGUUGGUGAAAAGCAUUUUAACGCAUAGGCCUAUAUUAAAAUGUGAGGUUUCUGUAGUCUUCCAUGAUAAUCCACAAAUUAUAUCGGAUUGUUGAUAUGUAUUGAAGUUCAUCUGUACAGAUUUAUAUAGCCAUGGUUAAUUUGUUGGUUUUAAUAUAUAUUAGUGAGGAAAUCUGUAUCAGAUAGUCUUAUGCAAUUAAUACCUUGCCCAUAAACUAUUGCCAUAUAUUACAUUAUUUCAUGCUUCCAUUUAUUCAUUAUUCCAUCCAUUUGUCAUGUUUCUUUCAUCUAUUGUGAUAAUGUAUUUUUAUCUGGUAUAUCUAAUGACACUUUUUUAUUUUAUACAAUUAUGUGUAAGUCUAUCAUUUAGGCAAAAAUGGUUGAAAAAAGACACCUAAGAGUUGGUAAAAAAAUAAGUUCAAAUUUUUAAUUGUAUAGAUAUCUUUGAUUGUUAUAAAAUCUAUAUAGUUUAGUUAUAUUACACUAAGUAUUUCUAGCCCAAAUAGAGAGUAUAAGAGCAUAUUUUAAGAAAAAUGCUAAAUACCAUUGAAGAUAAAAGUUGUCAUAAGUUAUACUAUUUUAGAUAUACAUGUAUCUUGUGAAAAACACAAAUACAUAGUAGAAUUUGUGAAAUUGGUUUUGUUUCCAAUGUUUGUAUCACAAUACCAAAAUGGUUAAAGGUUGUAAAAGGUCUAUUGAUGUAUCCAAACAUUAAAUAAAUGUCUUAUACAUAAAUGUACAUGUAUAUAGCAGUAAAUGUAUAUCAACAUUGUUAAAAUUGAUCAAAUAGUUUUCAAAAUAUAUAUGACCAUUAAAAAAAAUUACAAACCAUA